AUGGACGACUUCAACAGCCUCGAGUCAAAUAUCAAGUCGGCGCUCGUAUCGACAGUCCGCAGCGCCAACUCGCUCGCCAACGAAGAUCUACCAUUCCAUCGAUCACUCGAUUCAAAAGUCGCUCCUGCGCUGGAUCAGCAGAAUGCGCGCCUACUGAGUCUUGCUGAGAGACUGGUGGGCGCAGCGACAUCGAACACGGAGAUCGUACGUCCGCCGCGCUUAAAAGACCUCGAUUCCGUAGAAGGCAAUUGGCGUGCGGUGGUUGACGUCGUCGACAGCCUGCUUGAGCGUGCCGAUACUGCGCUGGACGAGUUCACUGGCGCUGUGAAGAGAUUGAGUCCUGGUGUGGAGCAGGUAACGCCCCCAAAAGAACCGCAUAUGGAAAGAGACGCUGAAACUGUGACAAGGCAAAUGCUUCCGCUUCCAAUCCUCCGCCAGCUCGAAAAGCCGCAGCUGCAGUUUCAACAUGUGCCAAAGAACGAUGAGACUCCUCCCUUCAAGCCGCUGCUUCUGAGCAAGCCUCACGCAGUUGUGCCUCUGGAGACCGAGCCCAUUGCUUCCGACGGCGAAUCACAAGCAUCGCACCCACAUCCAUACCAGCUCGAGAUCGAACAGUACCGAUACCCUUCCUCGAUGUAUACACAGAGUGAGCCAAUCAUGCACCACCCAUUCGAAACGACGACAGCGACACUUGUCGAUUCGGAAGUCGCACUCGAUGCUAUGCUCAAAGAACUCAAGCAAGCCAAAGAGAUCGCCAUUGAUCUCGAACACCACGACAUAAGGACAUAUAUAGGUAUAGUAUCACUGAUGCAGAUCAGCACGCGCGAUAAGGAUUGGAUCGUCGACACCUUGAAGCCCUGGCGACGGAAGCUGCAGUGCUUGAAUGAGGUCUUUGCAGAUCCGAACAUCCUCAAAGUCUUGCACGGAGCUUACAUGGACAUCAUCUGGCUUCAGCGAGAUCUUGGACUAUACCUUGUGGGUCUGUUCGAUACACAUCACGCUGCCCGAGCUUUGGGCUACCCCGCCGGCAGUCUGGCAUACCUCUUGAAGAGAUUCGCAGGCGUAGAUGCGCAGAAGAAGUAUCAGACAGCAGACUGGCGCGUACGACCUUUGCCGCAGGCAUUGUUCGACUAUGCGCGGAGCGACACUCAUUAUCUUCUCUACAUCUUUGACAACCUACGCAACGAGCUCAUUCAGAGGUCGGACUUUGGCCUGCCCAACCACGAAGGCGACAAGCUUUGGGACGUUCUCACCAAAAGCUCAGAAACUGCUUUGCAGAGAUACGAACACCCCAUCUACGACGUCGAGAACGGACAGGGGUCUUUCGGCUGGUACAAGCUCCUCGCCAAGACGUCGGCCAUGUUGACGAAGGAGCAAUUCUCAGUCUUCCGAGCAGUACACCAAUGGCGAGAUGAGGUCGCAAGAGAACAAGACGACAGCACCAACUUUGUCAUGCCAAAUUGGCAACUCUUCAACAUCGCCAAAUCAAUGCCGACCACGCGGCAAGCUCUGUUCAGUCUUGGUGCGAUAUCGCAGACUGUACGUUUGCGAGCAGGUGAGCUUGCAGCACUGGUCGCCAAAGCCAAGAAAGAGGGCAUUAAUGGUCCUGAACUUGCGGAAGUCCUUAGCAAGCCCGAACACUCUGGGCCAAGAAAGUCCACGUCUCAGAAUGCGGUCUCAAAACCGUCACCAACUGCUGUAACUGAAACUCCAGCGCCGACCACAAGUAUUGCUACCACUGAUAUGCCACUGCGGAGCUCGAAAUCUUCGUUCUGGGGACCAGCGUUCGACAGCAGCGUUUGGAAGGACCAAACCAGUGCAGAUUCUACACCGUCCGCAGUCUCGCUCUCCGUCCCACUCCCGCCUCUGACAGCAGGGAUCUUCGCCGAUCCAGCAGAGUUUACUCCUGCCAGAGUCGAGCGUGAGCCUACCCCAGAACCAACGCCCACCAAGCAAGAAACUGCUACAGAUGACGAUGUCUUUGUGCUAAAAGACCUCAGCAAGAAGCGCAAGCGUGGCACUGAUCAUAUGGACGGCAUGGCUGCGAACUCAGACGAAGUCACCCUCGUUGACGUGGAUGAUGCUGCACAGCGUGCUCGAGAAAAGGCUGAUCGAAAAGCUGCCAAGAGAGCUGCUAAAAAAGCCGCGAAAGCCGCUGCCGCAAGUGUACAAGGCGAAGAAGGUGUCGCGAGAGAAAAGAUCAAAGAGGACGACGAAGAGCCAUUUGACUAUGAGAACGCAGCGAGCAUUCUCAAUCCGCCCAAGGAGAAGCUCUCUGCCAAGGAGAUGAAGAAGAGGCAGAAGCAGGUCAAUCCCUAUGCCAAAGCUCUGGACACUGCCAAGGGGUUGCCGAGGACACAAAAGGAGAAGGCGGGCAGAAGCAUGACUUUCAAGUCUUGA